ACGAAUUUCCUUUUACUAUUCUUCGUUUCGUGCUACCGGAAAAGAGCUGUACCUGGCGUUCUGAUAUACGUUUGGAUCUCCGUUACAUAUACACCACGAUCUGCAAAAUACCUACCCGUCCUACCAUGUCUUCACUUUCUUUUCUUACUUUUUCUGCCCUAUUUUCUCUAUGCUUAAUUCGAGGGCAUUCCAUUGUGCCUGCAAGGGCAGCUAAUCGUGACCGGGAAAAGCCUUCUAAUUCAGAAGCUCUUCGUCUUGUAUAUUGUGGAGCGUUCAAUUCAUGUAUGAAGUAUUCGAGAAUAGUUUCUUUUAACUACCGUGAAAUUAGGAUCGGCCAGCUCGACUGGAAUAAUGGGAUGGUACUUUUCUAGCUAUAUAGCCCAAAAAUCACGAGGUUAGCAUCAAAUUCGUUA